AUGGACGCAAUUCUUGAUUUCUCCAAGGAGCUUGAUCUCGAGUUGUUUGACAGAGUGGUGGAUACUUUCUACCGGUCCGGCCCGGACCAGCAGAAGGCGCUGUUGCUCUUGAGUCAGUUUCAAGACCAUCCCGACUCGUGGAAACGAGCAGACGCCAUUCUCUCGCAGUCAAGCAACUCCCAUGCGAAAUACAUUGCGUUGUCUUGUCUAAACACUUUGAUUAAGUAUCGCUGGAGAACCAUUCCAGACAAUGAGCGGAUAGGCAUCAGGAACUUCAUCGUCAACAUGAUCAUCGCCUUGUGUGACGAUGAAGCCAUCUUCGAGAAGGACCGUGCUUUGAUCAACAAAAUCGACUUGACUUUGGUGUCCAUUUUGAAGCAGGAGUGGCCUCACAACUGGCCACAGUUCGUUCCAGAGAUCGUAAUGAGCUCUCGUUCUUCCUUCAAUGUUUGCGAAAACAACAUGAUUAUCUUGAAGUUAUUGGCCGAGGAAAUCUUCGAUUUCUCGCAGGACGAAAUGACUCAAGCAAAAGCAACCAGUUUGAAGCUCAACUUGAAGGCUGAGUUUGAGCAAAUUUUCAAGUUGUGCUAUGAGGUGCUCGACAAAACCACGAAAACUUCUCUAGUUACUGCUACGUUGAAUGCUCUUUUGAAGUAUAUCCACUGGAUUCCAUUGAACUACAUCUUCCAAACUGACAUCUUGUCGUUGUUUACGAAUAAGUUCUUGGCUCCUCAAGAGACCAGAGCUAUCACUUUGAAGUGUUUGACUGAGGUCUCUGCAUUGGUGUCGUCUGAAAAUGAAGAAAAGUUCAUCUUGUUCUUCCAGUCUACCAUGGAAAAAAUUGUAGCCAUUGUUCCAUUGUCUGCCACCACUUCGUUGAGAAAGUCUUACGAGGUUGCCAACUCAAAUGACCAGUCCUUCUUACAAGACUUGGCCAUGUUUUUAUGCACCUUUUUGAACAACCAUUUGAAAGCAUUAGAGACUAGUCCUGAUUUGGACAAAUUACUCCUCAUCUCAUUGGAGUACUUGGUUGAAUUAUCUAGAAUUGAGGAGCGCGAGUUGUUUAAGACCUGUUUAGACUAUUGGUCUUCUUUUGUUCAUGGCCUUUUCGAGGAGAUUCAGAAUCUCAACACAAAUGAACUCACACCUAUGAUGGAGCUCACUUAUGGGCACCAGAUGAGACUCGGUGCCAAUGGAGCCCCUGACCCAGAUGUGCUCAGCCAAUACCCUUUGAGACAGCACAAGUAUAAAGAGUUAUUGUCGAAAUUGCGUUUGGUCAUUAUCGAAAACAUGGUUAGACCUGAAGAGGUCUUGAUUGUUGAGAAUGAUGAAGGUGAAAUUGUCAGAGAAUUUGUUAGAGAGAGUGACACUAUCCAAUUGUACAAAUCUAUGAGAGAAGUUUUGGUGUAUUUGACCCAUCUCAACGUGGUUGAUACUGAGCAAAUUAUGAUGGCCAAGCUAGCAAGACAGCUCGAUGACAGCGAAUGGUCGUGGCACAAUAUUAACACAUUGUGUUGGGCUAUUGGCUCGAUUUCCGGCACAAUGAACGAGGAGAUGGAAAAGCGCUUCUUGGUAUCUGUGAUUAAGGAUUUGUUGACUUUGACUGAAGCCAAGAGAGGCAAAGAUAACAAGGCCGUUGUUGCUUCCAACAUCAUGUACAUCGUUGGUCAAUACCCCAGAUUCCUCAAAGCACACUGGAAAUUCUUGAAAACAGUUGUUAACAAAUUGUUCGAAUUCAUGCACGAAACACACGAGGGAGUUCAAGAUAUGGCAUGUGAUACUUUCAUCAAGAUCACUAACAAAUGUAAGAAGCAUUUUGUGGCCAAGCAGCAAUUGGAGGCCGAGCCUUUCAUUGUUGAGAUAAUUCGUAACAUUCAGACCAUUACUGAAGACUUGCUGCCACAACAAGUUCACACUUUCUACGAGGCUUGUGGUAUAAUUGUAAGCGCAGAGCCAAAGAAGGAGGCCCGUGAUGAUCUUCUCAGUGACUUGAUGGCUUUACCAAAUGUAGCAUGGAAUGCUAUUGUUCAAACUGCUGCCGCAGACCCUGAAUUGCUUUCAAACAACGAAACUGUUAAAAUCAUUGCCAAUAUCAUUAAGACGAACGUUGCUGUUUGUAAAGCAAUGGGACCAGGCUUUUACUCCCAGUUGGGAUUAAUGUACUUGGACAUGCUCUCUUUGUACACCGCUGUCAGUGGUAUGAUCUCGAAUGCGGUUGCUAAGGAAGGUAUCAUUGCCACCAAAACUCCAAAAGUGAGAGGCUUGAGAACCAUUAAGAAAGAGAUUCUAAAAAUGGUUGAAACUUAUAUCAACCAAGCUGACAAUUUGGAAGAAGUUGUGAGAGAUCUUUGUCAACCAUUAUUUGGUGCCGUUCUCGAGGACUACAAGACAAACGUCCCUGAUGCAAGAGAUGCCGAAGUCUUGAACUGUAUGACAGCGGUUGUCAAUAAAGUUGGUCAAAUGCUUAAUGCAGAUGUCGUUUUGAUCCUCCAAAAUGUGUUUGAGUGCACUCUUGACAUGAUCAAGAACGAUUUCGUUGAGUACCCAGAACACAGGGUGGAAUACUACAAACUUUUGAAAGCUAUCAACUCCAAAUCCUUCAAAUCCUUGUUGCAGCUCUCAGGAGAAGCCUUCCAAUCUUUGAUUAAUGCAGCUUUGUGGGCUUUGAAGCACAAUAAUAGAGAGGUUGAAGAAAGUGGAUUGUCUUUGACAUUAGAAUUGAUUGAGAACGUGGAGAAGCUAGGAAACACAGAGUUCACAAAAGCUUUCUACCAGAAUUUCUAUUUCCAGAUUUUAUCUGACGCAUUUUAUGUCUUGACCCAACCAGACCACAAGUCUGGCUUCCGUUAUCAAGCCCAACUACUUGCUAGACUAAUCCAUUUAGUUGAAGAUGGCGUAAUCAUUGACCCAUUAUACACAGAGGGUCAAGCUGCCGAGAACACAACCAAUUCGGCCUAUUUGAAACAAUAUCUCGGUAACUUAUUGUCCGGUGCAUUCGAAAACUUGCAAGAGGUACAAUUGGUCAACUUCUUGAAUGUGUUGACUGCAUCUUACAAGGACCUCAAUAAGUUCAGUGGUACCUUGAGAGAUUUUCUUGUGCAAAUUAAAGAAUUCGGUGGUGAUGCUACUGACUACCUUUUUGCAGAGGACAAAGAACUCGAGAAGAAGGAGCAGUCUAGAUUGCAGAGAGAGAAGGAUCUUCGUGUUGCUGGUUUGAUCAAACCCUCUGAGAUGGAGGAUGAUUAA